GGGAAGAGCUUUGCCGACAGCUCUAAGCUCCUUCGCCAUCAGAGGAGCCACACAGGGGAGCGACCCUAUGGGUGUGAGUGCGGGAAAAGCUUUGCUGACAGCGCCAAGCUCCUAGAGCACCAGCGAACCCACACAGGAGAGCGACCCUACAAAUGCCCCCAGUGUGGGAAGAGUUUUGGUGACAGUUCCAGCCUCCUUCGCCAUCAGAGGAGCCACACGGGGGAGCGACCCUGCGUGUGUGCCCAGUGCGGGAAGAGCUUUGCCGACCCCUCCAACCUCCUUCGCCAUCAGAGGAGCCACACGGGGGAGCGACCCUACACAUGUGCCCAGUGCGGGAAGAGCUUUGGGCAAAACUCAAGCCUGAUGAAGCACUGCAGGGCCCACACAGGUGAGAAACCCUACAGGUGUGAUGAGUGCGGGAAGAGCUUCGCUCAGACCUCCAACCUCCUGGAGCAUCAGAGGAUUCACACGGGCGUGAAACCCUACAAAUGCCCCGACUGCGGGAGAGUAUUCUGCCACAGCUCCUCGCUGACAGGCCAUCGGAGGAUCCAUACUGGUGAGCGACCCUACAAAUGUGUCAUC